AUGCUAGCGUUGGAGCAUUCUCGUCACAAGCAAUCCUAUCUCCCGCAGCUGUCGAUGGAUCCCUCGAUGCAUGAUCCUUUUGGUCCGCUGUAUAUCGACAGCUACAGCCCCCUUGGUUCUUACAACUUAUUCCCAGCGAGCUCGACUUCGUUCUCAGACGCACCCUCGUUCCUGAUCGAGGCGCCCCAUCACCCCUACAACAACAACAACAGCAGCAGCAACAGCGCCAAAUACGAGCCCUAUGCACAUCACCAUUGCGCUUCUCCCACAAUAGUUUCAAUCCAAGCUUCAGAUUUCAAAGCUUCUACCACAAGCUCCUCCGCAUCUGGCCCAUCAUUGCCAAGCACUUCUUCAUCCACCAUAGGCUCCCCCUACCAGGAGAGCUGGAUCGACAUGAACAGCUCUUCCGGAUUGGGGCCUGCCACCGUCGGCAGCGAUGGCUAUCCGCAAGAAUAUGUAGGUGCCGCAAUGGACGCUAACAUGAUGUUUGCGCCUGAGAAGCUCCCGGAUAGUUUUGUGGGUGAGUACCGAAAUGUUUUUCCUUAUUCUGCUCCGUCGCAUACGCGUAUCUUGCCUGUAAAAGCCGUUUUGUUUGCAAAACCCUCUACCGUAUUUUCACCUUCUCCAGCGCUGUGUAGCUCUGGAGGUGCAGUUUCUUGUUCUCUUGUUUCUACUUCGCGACACACAGAUGUUGCAGCUUCAUCAGGCAAUACUCAACAACACAUGCUAUCUAUGUCUCCCCCCUCGAGCACUGUGCCUCUGAAGGGAAGGAGAUCGCGCAUGGAUUCAAGCAGCAGGACUAGCAGACGCCCGGGUGCGCUGGACGCUCCCAUAACCCGAUCGCUGAGCGGCGAGUAUUCUCCGUCUUUGUAUUCUCCAGGCCUGCUCAGGAGCAGAAAACGGUCUUUGACCCAAGCCUCAGACCUGGCUUCUGCUGUUCAUGCGAGAAAAAUGUCAACUGCAGAAUCCAGUGUGAAAUGUCGAGAUAGCCUUCCUUCAAGGAGCCCGCAGUCUCCUCUCAGAAGCUCCAUAUAUAGAGAGCGUUUUGAGAAUUGUUUCCUUAAUCAGAGUAGCGGUAAUUUUGUGCCGCCUCCUGAGUCAUCUUAUCCGUCUUUGAUCAACCCACCUAUGCAACAACAAAGCAGCUACCCGCCCCCGACCGUGUCAUACGCAGAGGAAUCCCAGUAUGCCUUUGCACAAUCACCCGCCUUCAUGCCAGCAUCUCCUGCCGCAUCUCCCUUACCCCAACCCCAAACGCUGCACCACCCACAUCACCCUCACUCAGCUCUCCCCUCUCCAUUCCUCAACCAAUCUGUAUUCCCCUCUCGCCCAGUGUCCUUUACCGGACGAAGAUCAUCAAUAUCUUCCGAGAAUUCGCGCCGUUCACGCCACAGUCCCCUGGUGGGAAGUGUCGACUACGAAGAAGAAGGAAAGGAAAAAGGCCGUUGCCCUCAUCCUGACUGCCGGCGCCUAUUUAAAGACCUGAAGGCACACAUGCUUACCCAUCAAUCGGAGAGACCGGAGAAGUGUCCGAUCUUGACAUGCGAAUACCAUCUAAAGGGCUUUGCCCGAAAAUAUGACAAGAAUCGGCAUACAUUAACACAUUACAAAGGCACCAUGGUGUGCGGAUUCUGCCCCGGUUCUGGCUCUGCUGCAGAGAAGAGCUUCAACCGGGCUGACGUGUUUAAGCGACAUCUUACCUCUGUGCACGGUGUUGAACAAACCGCGCCAAACAGCCGCAAGAAGUCACCGCCAACAGCAAAUCGAAAGGCCUCAUCUUUCUGUAAUGACGCGACCGGUAAAUGCUCAACGUGCUCCUCGACGUUCAACAACGCUCAGGAAUUUUACGAGCAUCUGGAUGACUGCGUUCUGCGCGUCGUCCAGCAGGAGGAGCCCAGCGAAGCCAUCAACCUCAAGCGACUCACCGAGGUAGCCUCCGAUGAUGCCGUGCGACAAACCAUGGAGAAGCACAUGCUUAUCGACACUGGCAAUGACUUAAUGACCAAAAAUAAUAAUAACCCAGCGGAUGAAAAUGAUGACGACCUUGACGACUCUAAUGACUCUAACAAUAUGAACACCAAAUACAACUCUGCGGGCCAGGGCUCUCGAAAACCCCCCUCCUCCCCAUCCCACUCUUCCAACCCAUCAUCCGCCUCCAAUACCCUCCAAAAAUCCACCACCACCACCACCACCACACCAUCAGGCAUCUCCAAAACCCGCCCCACCGUCUCCCGUCGCCGCAACAACCGCAACAAUUACCCCCCAUCCUGGGGCUGUCCAACCAACAAAAUGAAAAUGAAAAAGCGCGUGCUGUGUCUGUACGACGGCCAGCACCGCCUCUGGAAGGACGAGAUGAUGCUCGACAACGAGUUUGAGGUCCGUCUAAAACUUCUCGGAGGCGUUGGUGCAAAUGGCGCUGGUAGCUCGUUGACACCAGGCCGUGAUGCGUAUGUGACGGAUUUGGAUGUGGAGACGCUUAAGAGGGCGGAGGGGGUGCAUGGGGCUACGGAGGAGGAGAGGGGGGUGUCGUGGGAUGCGGAGUGUCUUCCUCUUGGUUCAGCUGGAUUGAUGGGGCCUGCAGCCGUGCCUGUGUUGGGCAAUGGGCAGGAUGGUGGGUUGGUUGAUGAUGUUAAUAUCGAGGAGUUGAUGGCAUGA